GGCGUGUGACGUCAGAGUCGCCAUGGCCAGCUAUCCGUACGGGCAGGGUUGCCCAGGAGCUGCAGGACAGGCGCCUGGAGCCCCUCCCGGCAGCUACUAUCCUGGAGGAGGACAGUAUGGCAGUGGGCUCCCCACUGGGGGUGGUUAUGGAGGACCUGCUCCUGGAGGACCUUAUGGAUCCCCAGCUGCUGGAGGACCUUAUGGACACCCCAGUGCUGGAGGACCGUAUGGUGGCGCAGCUCCAGGGGGCCCGUAUGGCCAGCCACCUCCGAGUGCCUAUGGUGCCCAGCAGCCUGGGCCUUAUGGACAGGGUGGUGCCCCUCCCAAUGUGGAUCCUGAGGCCUACUCUUGGUUCCAGUCUGUGGAUGCCGAUCACAGUGGCUACAUCUCCAUCAAGGAGUUGAAGCAGGCCUUAGUCAACUCCAACUGGUCUUCGUUCAAUGAUGAGACAUGCCUCAUGAUGAUAAACAUGUUUGACAAGACCAAGUCUGGCCGCAUUGAUGUAUAUGGUUUUUCUGCCUUGUGGAAAUUCAUCCAGCAGUGGAAGAACCUCUUUCAGCAGUAUGACCGGGACCACUCCGGUUCCAUUAGCUACACAGAACUGCAGCAAGCUCUGUCCCAAAUGGGCUACAACCUGAGCCCACAAUUCACCCAGCUUCUGGUCUCCCGCUACUGCCCACGCUCUGCCAACCCUGCCAUGCAGCUCGACCGCUUCAUCCAGGUGUGCACCCAGCUGCAAGUGCUGACCGAAGCCUUCCGGGAGAAGGACACCGCUGUACAGGGCAACAUCCGCCUCAGCUUUGAGGACUUCGUCACGAUGACGGCUUCUCGGAUGCUAUGACCCAGCCUCGUACAGAGUGGAGCACAUCAAGGACCUCUCCUGGAUCUUAGAGUGGGAGAAGCCUGUGGGCCUCUCUUCCUUAUCUGUCCUCUUACAAAAAGACCCUCCCUUGUUUGAUACAGCUCUGUUCCCCAAGAGGGUUGGGAGGCCUGCGUCAAGAGCCACCAGAUAGGCUCUGCAACACACAGAUAGGAGCCCGACUUAGGGGAGGACUGGAAGUUGGAUGUCCUGACUAUCUCUGAGCUGUUGAAUGGCACAGACUUGGAGCAGGAGAUGCCAGCCAUGGCAUAAAGUUAGUAUUUGGUCAGCUGUGCUUUCCCUCUUCCUGAUGCCAGUGGUAAGGGUUGAUGGUUCACCCAGGCCACCAUGUCAGAUGAUCCUACAAAGUGAAAUCUAAGUGAGUAUGAGAAAGGUUUGCCCAUGGGACCAGUGGCCAGGGCUCCUUGGUACCCACAGUACUUGUGUGUUAACAUUUGAUUUACCUGGGGCUUUCCUUCCUCAGGGAGCCUGGACAGUUUGCCAUCUGGGUCUCGGUGACCAGGAUACUGCCCUUCUAAUCUUGGACCCCUUACUCGCCUGCCAUAUUCUAGUCAGCUUCAGUCCCCAGAGACAGUUGUUGUAUCCCCCUGCCAAAUAGUUUAAGGCUUUUGUUGUUUUUUUAACUUGCAUUUUUCAUUUGGGGCCAAAAGUUGCGUGAAAAUGUAAGCUUUAAUAAAAGGAUGAAACUCUGAA